AACAUGGCGACCAAAUAACCACAACAGCUCUGGAUAAUACAUCCAUGCUCUGGACUGAUGCAGUUUUUUAAGUUUACAGUGAUCUCUGACCGUCAAGACACCGCAGGUCUUCAUCGCCGGACUUCUUCUCGGUAAAACCAGCCCCUGCCCAGCCGCGGAGAUGAUGAAGCUGCGCGUCCAGCUGCAGUGCAAGAACCUGCACGAGUAUCUGCGGGAGCUGAGCCCUGAGAUCCUGGACCAGCUGUACAACCACCCGGCCACCUGCCUGGCCGUCUACAGGGAACUGCCCUCACUGGCCAAGAACUAUGUGAUGCGGAUGCUGUUCCUGGACCAGCCCCUCCCCCAGGCAGCUGUGGCAUUGUGGGUGAGGAAGGACAGUCAGAGGGAUCAUGAUGAGUGUGUGUCGGUGCUGGUGGGUCUCCGGCUCUGGCACUGUCAGCAGCUGCAGGGCGGCCUGCAGGGCUACAUCUUAAAUCCCAUCUUCAAGGAGAACCUGAGGACUGCUCUGCUGGGGGGGGGUGCGGUGUGGGCUGACGAGGGCAGCUCUCUGGGUCCGGACCGCCAUGCCCGGGACAUCGACAGUCUGGACCGCUACGCCAUGGAGCGCUGGGAGGUGAUCCUGCAGUUCAUGGUGGGGUCCCCCAGCGCCGUCAGCCAGGACCUGGCCCAGCUGCUGGUCCAGGCGGGCCUGAUGAAGAGCGAGGCCGGAGAGGCGCCCUACAUCACCUCGGCUGGUUUCCAGUUCCUCCUGCUGGACACGGCCUCCCAGCUGUGGUACUUCACCCUGCAGUACCUGAAAACCGCCCAGUCCAGAGGGAUGGAGCUGGUGGAGAUCCUGUCCUUCUUGUUCCAGCUCAGCUUCUCUACUCUGGGCAGAGACUACUCGGUGGAGGGGAUGAGCGAGUCUCUGCUGACCUUCCUGCAGCACCUGCGAGAGUUCGGACUGGUGUUCCAGAGGAAGAGGAAGUCUCGGCGGUACUACCCCACCAGACUGGCCAUCACCCUGGCCGCCGGGGUCACCAGCAACUCCUCGCCGUCCACCCUGCCCUCCACCCCUGGAGCUGGAGACACAGCCUUCAUCGUGGUGGAGACCAACUACCGUAUCUACGCCUACACCAGUUCAGAACUUCAGAUUGCUCUGGUGGCCCUCUUCAGUGAGAUGCUCUAUCGCUUCCCCAACGUGGUGGUGGCUCAGGUCACACGUGAGUCUGUCCAGCAGGCCAUCGCCAACGGCAUCACCGCCCAGCAGAUCAUCCACUUCCUCAGGACCAGAGCUCACCCUGUCAUGCUCAAACAGACUCCAGUUCUGCCUUCAACCAUCACAGAUCAGAUCAGACUCUGGGAGCUAGAGAGAGAUCGACUGCAGUUCACCGAGGGAGUUCUCUACAACCAGUUCCUGUCCCAAGCAGACUUCGAGGUGCUGCGCGACCGAGCUCAGGGUUUGGGCUGUCUGGUGUGGCAGGACGUCGCCCACAGGGUCAUGGUGGUGUCGCCACAGGGACACAGCGAAGUCAAAAGGUUCUGGAAGCGCCAGAGGUCUCAGACGUGACCAGAAGAUGACCCAGUCCCCGGAGGACCAUCACUGCUGGGGGAUUUCCACUGUUUUCUCUUAGUUACUGUUCAGCAAUGGAGAUUUUGUAUGUUUUGUAAAAUUCUGACUUCAUGUGAUUUUGAUUAAAAGACCGAACCCUGUU